UGACUGACAAUCCCGCAGUCUAAUCCAGAGAGUGAGGAUGCACAGCAGCGGUGAUAUGUGUCGAAUGAACAUCGGCUAACUACUUCUUUCGGCUGUGAUUGACAAAAGCCAGCUAACACUUUGUUCAUCCAGCCCUCAGAGACCAUUGUUGAACCUGUAACCGUCGGUAUAGAUCUGAUCCAGAGCGGGACCUCGCAGACGUUACGUUGGGACAAUGGAAUCUAACGUUAUGCCGGACAGUAUCCGCCCUCAGAGGCUACAGCCAGGCAUUGGGUUCGGUUCAGGACCGACCGGGACCCUCCGCUCCUCUCUCCGUCCCGGGGUUACGGUCCCCAUCGCGCCGCUGCUGCCCUCCCCGGCCUCUCUGGCCGCUUCGUCCGGGCCUCCUCCUCCGCCGCCUCCGCUGCAGCUCCACAGCCUGUACGGCGGUAUCGGAGCGGGGCUGGGGCAGGGGGCUGCCGGCCACUGUAACCCGGGGAACCCGGCGGUGCUGAAGGAGGCAGUGGAGGCUGUGGUCCGCAGCUUCGCCAAACACACACAAGGUUACGGCAGAGUAAACGUGGUGGAGGCUUUACAGGAGUUUUGGCAGAUGAAGCUGACCAGAGGGGCCGACCUGCGGAACGGAGCUCUAGUUGUUUAUGAAAUGGUCCCAUCCAACAGCCCGCCAUAUGUUUGCUAUGUCAGUCUUCCUGGAGGCAGCUGCUUCGGAAGUUUCCAGUUCUGUCCCACCAAGGCAGAGGCGAGACGCAGCGCUGCCAAGAUUGCCCUGAUGAACUCUGUUUUCAAUGAACAUCCCUCUCGACGCAUCACAGACGACUUCAUUGAGAAGAGCGUCAGUGAGGCCCUGGCGUCGUUCAAUGGAAACAGAGAAGAGGCUGAUAAUCCCAACACAGGAAUUGGGGCAUUUCGCUUCAUGCUUGAGUCCAACAAAGGAAAAUCCAUGCUGGAGUUUCAGGAGCUAAUGACUGUGUUCCAGCUGCUGCACUGGAACGGGAGUCUCAAAGCCAUGAGAGAACGACAGUGUUCCCGACAGGAAGUGCUGGCUCACUAUUCCCACCGGGCUCUGGACGAUGACAUGCGCACUCAGAUGGCCGCCGACUGGGUGAACCGGGAACAGAGUGUGGCAGGCACCAUUGCUCAGGAGGUGGCGUCAACGGAGCGAGAACUGGAGGACGCCAGGCUUGCGGGCAGAGAACUGCGUUUUUACAAAGAGAAGAAAGACAUCCUGAUGUUAGCUGUGGGCCAACUCAAUGCAGCCAACACUGCCACCCUGCCCUCGCACUAAACCUGCCAUCCGUUGCGGAAACAUGCCUUCACACUCCGUAGGAUUCCUGGUAACAGUAUUGAUCACUUUAUAGAUAUAAAGGUGCUUCGUCUGAACUUUUAGGUUUCAUAUCUUGUGUUUCGUUAUGAGAACCAGGUAAUCAGGCCUUGAAUUACAGUAUGCACACUCGUCCAUAAAACCGACACUUGCCACUAUAGCCGUUACCUCUUUGUGCCUAGUGAUUACAGGAUAACAGUGCUUUUCAAAAAUAACCUGUAAACUUGCUUGGCAUUCCAACGGACUGGGGUUUACUUGUUUUUUUCAUUAUUUCAAACUGUAUUUACGCCAAGUAGACCUAUAGAAACACAGCCUGCCUUUCAUCAGUGAAUGUACGGGACAUAAGUUAAUAUGACCCAUCAAACCAAACACAUUCGAUCAAAGUAUGGAUCAUUCUGAAGGUUGUUUCUUCAUGUUUGGAGUGUGUCUGUUUGCAUAUAGUAUUUUGGACUCUGGCAAGUGAAGUUGGAAAAACAUAUGGGUCUUUAAAACCUUUAUGGCAAGUACCCUGUGUCCGUUAAUGAGAAGAAUAUCUCUACAAAAACAGUAAUAACCCUAAUGUAAAUAUGUGGAAAUUGCAUCCUCAGAUAAUACCAGAUUUCAAGUAAGCGUCGAAACAUACCUAUUGGCUCAUGUAAUAAUUUGUGGGUACUUUGCUAAAAUGUCAGCAGGUGACUGAUUGCUCUGACAGCAGCUCAGGUUAAAAAAAAACAGAUAGUGAAUCAUCACUAUGUUUCUUUUUGUUUGUUAAGGCUUUUGACAGUUAUUUUAGUGUUCAUUUUAUGCUUGGUGAUCAUGACAGUAGCUGAAUGUAUAUUUUCAGUGUGCUAUCAAUGAAAAGAUCUGCAUAGCGAUGUUGUUUAACAUGUAGACGACUGAAUUACUCUUGUGAUACACGCAGGGCUGUACCGAAUAGUUUGGAGGUUCAUUCAUAACCUCGACAUUCAAAUUCUAAAUCAACAACAAUUUUUUGUAUUUUGUUAAAACCCUGUAUUUCUGCACAGCAGCAGAUAAAGAUCAGGCUGUACUAAUAUUAUUAGUAUUAUACUAUCUGUAGACAUAGAUUCCAGUGGUGGCUGUCUAGGAUUGUUUCCAACUCGUGAUCCAAAUAUUUCCAGUAACUCCCGCUACCUUACGCCACGGGAGGGGCUGCUGAAGACUUGUUGGAGGAGCUGUUGAUGAUGCCGCACAUGCCACCCACUGGCGGUGG